AUGGCCUCGCUUCCUUCACUUCCAGAAGAGUUGAAAUAUAUAAAUCAAUACCUUCAACGAAGUCAAGAGACGCGAAAAAAAGAACCCGUGAUAUCUUAUUAUUGUAAUUAUUAUGCCGCAAAACUUGCCCUUGAAAAGGGAACAAAGGACAAGGAGAGCAAAUUAUUCCUUACCAAAUUAUUAGAUAUUCUAGAACAAGAAAAGAAAGAACUUGCAGAUAAUGAAGCUGUUACAAAUGACAUGGCUGGUGAGGCAUAUGUGGAGAAUUUUGCACUAAAGGUUUUCACAAAAGCCGAUAAUGAAGAUAGAACAGGAAAAGCGACAAGAAAUACGGCUAAAACCUUCUUGGCAGCAUCCUUAUAUAUAGAACUGCUCAAAUUAUUUGGGAAUAUCAGUCCAGAGCUAGAAGAUAGAAUAAAAUAUUCAAAAUGGAAAGCGAUCGAUAUAACCAAGGCGAUAAAAGAAGGUCGAACUCCUAUGGCUGGACCACCCGGAGGUGAACCCGCUCUGCAACAGCCAGAAUCCAGAGAAGAUAAUCAGACUGUCAAUAAUCUUCCUGAUAAUUUCUCGUUCUCUUCGGUUCCUAUAUCGUCGGGUUUAGCAUCAACGACGAUCGAACCUUCUCCCUCUUUAGAUGACGAUACGUUUCCAUCAUUUCCAUCAGCACCAACUCAAGAUCAAUCAAAACCACCUGGUUCUAUUAUCGAUACUUUUACAAAUGCUCCAGAUUUGGUUUCGUCGUUUGACAGUUUGAAUUUAACUGGGAAGCAAGCAGCACCGCCCCUUCCACCCAAAGUAAAUGAUUAUGGAAAUUUUCCUGAUAAUCCGUUCGCUCAGCAACCGUCAGCUCCGAACUAUUCUCCCCCAAUUGGCGCAAAUCGAAAUAAUUUUUAUGAUAUAAAUCAAAAUCAGACGCAACCCUCUCCACCACAAGCUCCUUCUUCUAUACCACACGCAGCACCGCAUCAGAAUUACAUUCAGCCAACUAAUCUCGUCAGUCCUCCACCACAUCAACAUCCUUCAUUUUCAGCACCUGCAUCUUACCCACAAAGUCGACAAAACUAUGGAAUGUACUCAUAUCCUCAAACGCCACAUGAUGAGAUAGAUCCGACUACGGUCGCCACCGUUCAAAAAUAUUGUAAAUUUGCAAGUAGCUCAUUGGAUUACAAUGAUGUUAAAACGGCUGUUGAUUAUAUGAAUAGAGCACUUGAAACCUUGAAACCAUACAAUCAAUAA